AUGAACCAACCACAGGGAAGCGGCUACGCCGGCUCCUCGAACAAUCCACAGCAGUGGCCCAUACAGCCGCUGAACGCGCAGCAGGCUCAAAUUCCGGCACUCGGUGUUGCGCCACAACAGAUGCCACACCCAAAUCUUCAGCAGUGGCAGACUCCGUCGUCGUAUUCGCAGCCACCUCCAACGAUGGGAGGUGGUCUCGCGUCUGAGCAGAUGCCUCACCCAUAUCCGCAACAGUUGCAGACUCAGUAUCCGCCGUAUUUGCAGCCACUUCCAACGAUGGGAGGUGCUUUCGCGUCUCAACAGGUGCCUCAGUCACAAUUUCCCCAACAACUACAACCGCAGUGGCAGACUCAACCGCCGCCCUACCCUCAGCCACCUCCAGCCAUGGGAGGAGGUGGUUUCGUGGCUCCGCAAAUCCAACAGCCACCACAACCACCGCAGUGCCAGACUCAACCUCAAAUUCCGUGGCAACCAUAUUUGUCACAAGAGACACAAGUCGAGCAGAGUAUCUAUCCCACUACUCAGCCCGCCACUGGCGCGUCUCUUGAGCUCACGUAUACACAGACUAACAUCAGCAGACUAGCUGCUGGUCACCGUAAUCCGAGCAUGAACCAGCCACCUUCAUAUUCAGCUUACGGUCCACAGGUACAGCACCCCCAGCAUCAGUAUCCAACUCAACAGCAGUACGCGCAACAACAUGCGCCUGCAGCCCAGCAGCCUUACUCUGCUCCAACGAUGCCGCAUCAGCCACGAACUCAGCAGCAGUUACCCACUGCUCCGCCACCCCAGCUGCUGCCUGCGCCUCAGCCGACUCAGCAGCCAACACAGCCGCCGCAAUCUCAGGAGGUACAUCCGGUGCAAACACAAGCAUCUGAUGAGCUCCCCUCUCCUACACCCCAGAACGACUCGCCGGCUCUGACGGUGCAGACACAACCCUUCCAGGUCAUGUUGUCCGCAGAUGAAUCUGGUACCAUGAGUCCAAAUAUACCCUUACCAGAGCCAUGUUUUGAAGAAAUCCAGGAACCUUCUAGCCGCACUUGGUCGAGCGUUGUCGAGCGUGGUCAAGCCAUGCACAAUCGGCAGCGCGAGUGCCGUGAACAAGCUCGUCCGUCACCUGCUCCACCACGACAGCUCUCACCUCCACCAGCGCCUGCACGCCGGCAGGAUGAUGUUCUGGACGCACAGCGCGGACGGCGCGUUGUCGUCAACGGGCGAGGAGCCGUUCAGAGCACCAAUAUAGCUGCUGCUCGACCAACAGCAGUCUCAGCGAGACCUGAGCGUUUGCUCAGCGAGCUGGACGCAUCAAUGUCAGCGCUGACUCUAGAGCGCGAUUCCAGAUCCUUCGUUCAGGUUCCGAUCAAUAACGCACGACCGCGUGGCAAGGGCAAUGGUAAGACGAAGAACGGUAGGAAUCGUCUCCAGCCCUUCGUGCCGGAUCGACCACCAGAUCCGCCACCAGGUCUGUCUUGA